GUUUGGCCCGACUCCGAGUCGCCUCUGCGACGCGUCCGCCAUCAUGCUUGGCAUGGUGCAGAGUGCAGAGCGGUUACAGCAAUUCUUCCUUGGCUGAAGGGAAGGAAGCACUGCAGCGUGUGCUUCUAAAAGGGUAUUUUGAUUCAAGGGGCCGUGACCUUUUUCAUUUGAGAAGGCAAGCGUUAUCACAAAUUGGCACAACGUUGCUGAGUGAGGGCUUUUACCCGUCUGGGAGUCUGCCCGGUCUGCCGUGCCCCUUGCAGGCCAUGCAUACGGCAGGAGCGCUUUGGCCGGCCAUCCCCAGGCUGUGAGGAUGGACUCUUCGUCCGCACCGGAGGACAACCUGCUGUUCCGGCUGCGGGCGCGGGAGGUUCGCACGCCACGGCCAGGGGCAGCGAUCAGAAGCUGCCGGGAACUAUGCGAGUACAUUGUUCCCAACCACACAGUGCACGAUGUGGAGUGCCCGGACCACAGCAUCCGCAAGUUCACCAGCGAUGGCCAGUACCUGAUAUGCUUUGGCCGGACGCAGCAGGAGGUGAUUGUGUACCGCUUCAAGGGCCUGGGCGGGCCGCUGCCGCCUGGUGAGCAGGACGGCGAGCUGCCUCCGGAGGCCAGGAAGUUUGAUGCCUACUUCACGCGUCUCUAUGCCACCACGCUUGUGUCCAACGCCGCAGAGCCAGCACAGACUCUGUGCAAGGACUUCCUCCUCCUUGCGGAGGGCGGUGAGCUGGUCAUCUGCGCCACGUCCUCCCAACCGGACUCGCACCCGGCGGCGGCGCGGGGCGCCCUCCCCGGCGUGCCUGCUGCGGAUGUGAUCACGCUGCACCUGCUGCGCCUGGCGGACGGCGAGGUGGUGGACCGCCGCGUGUUCCGCGACGACUUCAUCCACCUGGGCCACAACGCGGGCGUCUUCCUCUACGACGACCUGCUCGCCGUGCUCUCCGUGCGCUUCCAGUGCGUGCACAUCCUGCAGGUGCGUGAGGGCGCGGGGCGCUUCGUGGAUGUGCGCACGAUUGGGCCGCACUGCCGGGAGGACGACGAGCUGGUGCUACAGUGGCAGGCGGACGCGGAGGUGCGCUUCCAGCGCGACAAGGCACGCCAGCGCAGGAGGGCCGGCCUUGCCGCACCCACCGCCGCCAAGGACAACGAGUCAGACUCCCCGUCCGACAGGGUGGAGGCCGAGAGCGCGCGCAGAGCGGAGAGUGCGGACCUGGAGGGGGACUCGGAGACGUGGGGACUCCAAGGAGGGCCGCGUCAGGGGUGGAGGUUCCGAGGCUUGGAGAGUCCAGGUGGGGACGACAGGGAACCAGAGUCGGAAGUGCUUUCCGUUGGAGGUUCGGGAAUGAGGAGCUAUGUUGGGCCCGGGGUACCAAUAAGCAAAGAGGGUGGGCCAGAGGGGAGCCGUGCGCGGGCGUACGAGCGCAGAGAGAAUGGCGGGCGUGGUGCAGGUGGUGCAGCAGGGCGCGACGGAGGGAUGCUGAGCAUUCUGGAGGAGAGGCGGCGUUCACACCUGGCGGCAGGCCCAAGCGCGCCGCCCGCGGGGGGGGGCUUUGCGGCACACUUCAAGCGGCUCCCGGAAGGGGUGCGGGAGGGCGCCAGGAUGAGCGACGAGGAGCUGGCGGCAAAGAACGCAGCGGCGGGACACGGCGAGCUGCACGCACGGUUGGAGGGGCUGCGGCAGCGGCUGCAGCAGGAGCAGGGGGGCAGCGCGGAGGUGUGGCGCGGGGACGGGCUGCACGACGAGGCAGCGGAGGAGGGGGGGGCGGGGCCAGGGGAGGAAGCACCACGCGGGGAGGUCAGCUCGAGGCCACAGGUGGGGCUCAAAAGGGAUGCAGAAAAAGCGGGCAUCUCGCAUGAGUGGGGGGGCCUGCACGGCUACUACUCGCAGGCAGGCAAGCGGGGAAGGCUGGGGAGCGACGGGGGCGUCGCAGGGCGGCUGGGGAAACGAGACUUGAGCGACACCGACGAGUGCACGUCAGACUUUGCCCAGGAGGGCGCAGCAGAGGUGCCUGGGCAGGAAGGGGCACAGGCGCACCGCUUCCCGUAUGGGGGGGGGCUGCUGGGGGGCCAGGCAGAGUGCGCGGGGGAGGGGGAGGACGUGGGGGGGGCCAAGAAGGACAGCGGAGAGCCAGGGGCGUUUCCUCUGUGGGGGAAGAGUGACGCGGAACCAAUGCGGCUGCACGGAGGGGCCCCCACGAACAGCCAUACAGCGUCGUACACGGAGAGCGAGGAGGAAGGGGAGCAGACGGACACACUGGAAACGGGCGGGGGCACGGUGGGGCUGCAAGUGGACUCGAAGCGCCAGGUGGGGAGGACAAGGGAGGGAGGCACACUUGUGGUGGAAAACCUCCCAGACAUGCAGCAGCGCUCAGAGAGGGGGGCAGGCCGGGUUUCCGAGUUGCCAGGCUGGCAGGGCGUGCCUCCUGGGCGCGCCGGCUGGGCAGCUGGGCCGCAGUUGCAGAGGGCGGCUGACGAGUGGGAGACGGCGCAUCGGCAGCUGCCGGAGAGUGGUGUGGGGGAGGAGGGGCUGCGCGGGCUGGCCGGGGGGGGGACCUGGAUGGUGCCCCCCGACGAGGAGGACGACCCCAUGGGGCGCUUUAGCGCAGUGCGGCCCAAGAGCCGGCGCGAGCGUAUGAGCGCGUGGGAGCAGGCGCACUGGCAGCUGCCCGACAGCGACUCGGGGGAGGAGCGCACACAGCGCUGGGGUGGGGCAGGACCGGCACGGGCAAGGGAGGCUGCACGGGGGGCGGGCAGCAGCGGCCUCCAGCUUGGGUCUGACAGCGGGCGCAGCGCAGGGGCGUCGAGGUGGCCGCACGUGGCACUGUACCAGCCGUUUGGGAAUGGCACACAGCGCCAACAGGCAGGCGGUGACGACAGGGGGGGUGUGGGGCAGGCGCAGCGGGUGGGGGUGCAAGCGGAAAGGGUGGGGGGCCCACUGGCCGGGCUGCCCAACAGGACAGGGGCAAUGGUGGAGGCGGCGGGGCCGGAUGGGGGGGCGCGCAUCAGGCUGGCGGAGGGGCUGGGGAGGGGGCGGCCCAAUGGGCAGGGAAAUGAGGAAGAGCUCGGUGUGGGACUGGAAGGGGGUGUUGUGUACAAUAUCGAAGACGAGGACGAAGGAAGCGGUCCUCCCGCUGUUGCUCCGAGGUUAGCGUUGCAUAGCGAGGGGUUACGUUUGCGACCCGAGGAGCCAGGCAUGGCCACACUUGGCAGGCAGGCCGCAGCUGGCAGCAGUCCCCCGCUAAAGCACCGCAGCAGGGCUGCUCCCCCUGACCAAAGGGAGCACACCGCGGCGGGCGAGAGCAUGCAUGGGGCAGGAACCGGCCGCGCAGGCAGCACCGCAGUGCCGCGCUGGCCGGGGCAAGGCCUGCGCACGGUGCAUGGGGGCGUGUACACGAGUGACCUCAUCGAGCACCUGGGAGGAGCGUUCAGGGAGGCGCCACGCGAGGCUGACCCGCCCCCAGCACGGCGGCCGCUGGGGCCAGAGUGGGGGGCCCCCCUCACGCCGCCGGAGGGCCCCCUGUGGGGCGCUGCGCCACAUCCGUUUUGGCGGCGUGAGGGGGGGGGGCUCUGGAACGUCCCUGGGCGGAGCGGGUUUGCGCACCUGCACCAGGCAGUGGGGGCGGUGCGCGCGGCCAGCACCAGCAGCGGGGGGGACGACAACGAGGGACGGCCAGGGAGCAGGGCCGCGAGCGAGGGCCUGCUGGCGGCAGGCAGGAUGGCAGGCCUGUACUCCCCGUACCAGCCCGCGUCCGCUGCGCCGCGGUACGAGUACGUGGUCAGCAGCCGCACGCAGUCCCACACCUCCAGCGAGCCGCUUGAUGACGUCAGCAUGCCCACUGCCACGUCUGCGCGCCACCUGGACGGCCCUGCUCGACCGCUCCCCCUGCGCGCCGCUCUGCCUGUGGGCCGCGGCCCCUCCCUGCUGGGGGGGGCCGGGAGAAGCGCCCCCGGCCUGGCAAGCCGCGGCCUGCCUGCAGCCUGGAGUGGGCGGGACAGCCAGUUGGGCACCAGCCUCGCCUCAGGAGCCCGGCCGCACAGCGGGACGGCGCCGCGCGUGUCCCCGGCCCGGGGGCGGCAGCAGGGGCCGCUGUCGGGGGCCGCCACGGCCACAGCCAGCGGGCUGAGUGGGCGGCCUGGCAGCCUGGACGAGGCGCACAGUGGGGAGGGCGUCUCCCCGGGGCCCUCCGCCGGGGGCGAGGGCGCCGCCGACGGCGCAGGCGGGGGCCGGCUGCUGGGCGGCCUGAAGCAGCGGCUGCUGUCGUUCAUCUUCCGGCAGGCGUACGAGGACGAGGAGGCGGACGCGGGGGCGCGCGCGGCGCGGCUGAAGCGCGUGUUCUACCACCUGCAGCACUACGAGGAGCUGGUCAUGUGGAAGCUGCAGCUGCUCGACAGGCACCACCUGCUGCUCAAGUUUGGUGCCGCAGAGGGCGUGGCUGCGCGCGGCAGCGACGCGUCGACGGCGGCCGCCUUCUUUGCGGUGUACAACAUGGAGACGACGGCCGUGCUGGGCUUCUUCCAAAACACGAGCGAAGCGCUGCUGGCCGCCGCGGAGAGAUUUAGCGACCACUUCCGCACAGCUCCCAACGAACCAGCCUGGCUGCGCUUCAUCAGCUCCCCCGCCAACAGCAACCCCGCGCGCGAGCACCUGCGCAAGCAGAAGGAGGCCGCGCAGGGGGGCAAGCCAGGCGGCAGCACGCAGGUUGUGAAGCGCGCACUGGCGCUGCUGCCGUUCACGUGCCAGUCGCUGAGCCCGUCGCCAUACCUGGACCAGUCGCUGUUCCACUACGACGAGAAGCUCGUCUCUGCGGCCGAGCGGCACAAGCCGUGUAUGGAGCACCCCAUCAAGUUCAUGUCGCGCAGCAGGGCCAACGCCCUCCGGUUCAAGAUCCAGCCGGGGCCCGAGGGCGGAUCCGGAGACGGGCGCGCCAAGAGGGUGGCGUCUUAUGUGUUCCAUCCGAUCCUCCCGUUUGUGAUCUCGAUCCAGCAGACCUACAUGCAGCCCCCUGUCGUAAACUUUCACUUUAGGUGGCCUGGGUAGGAAGUAGGUAGGCAGCCCUAGGAGGAGCUACCGGAGCAGUUUGUAGCUGCAAGCGGGCAAUGCAUAUGACAAACUGAGCAUUGAUGGGCGUCACAUUGUAGCACUUGGCCAACACCAACGGCGCUGCCAAGCUUUGUCGA